AUGAUCAAUCCGGUGACUUUCUUUUUAAAAAUAGGCUACACUGUCUUAUUCAUUACUUCAUUGUUAGAAUUUAUCACCAGUUUAACCCUGGGGAAGGGGAUAAGGACCCAAAUGGCACCACAGGUAUGUCCGGACAUGGUAAGGUACAUAGAGCCAAGGGUCAACUCCAUCCUGGACACAAUUCCACCCUUACAGCAGGGCCUAAGACGUUUGGUGUUUGCACAUGAGCCCAAACGAACCAUUGAAUACGGGGUCUUGUUCUUCAUCAUGCAUAAGGUUGGGAAAUUUGUUUCCCUUUGGGCUAUGUGUUUUAUGGGUGUCUUCUUCCUGUUCACUGUGCCAUUCAUUUUGAAGAUCUUUGAGAAGGAUAUUGAUGUAGCCGUGAAUCAUGGGUGGAAUUUACAAAGAGAACCACUAAAGAAUUUACUAAUGAAGCCGGUGAGAAGUCUAAAGUUUACUUGGAGAAAUUGGGGUCCCCACUUUCCAAUCUUGUCGGUAAAAACGAUCAUUCUGAUCUUAGACCAGAGGGGAUCGAGUCUUUGA